AUGCCGGACAACCGUGUUACCUACCGCCGCCGCAACCCCUACAACACCACCUCCAACCUCACCCGCAUCGUCAAGACCCCGGGCGGUGAGCUGCGAGCUCUGCACAUCAAGAAGCGCGGCACUGCUCCCAAGUGCGGUGACUGCGGUACCAAGCUCCCUGGUACGGACGGGCCAAGGAACGAGCGAGCGAUGAUAUUCAAUGGCGCACGACCCUGGAAUCAAAUGGCUGAGCAAUCCGUGUUGAAAGUUGGGCUUGGCUACAACGCAGAGGACAGACACCGUGUGACCCUCAGCUGGAACCAUCUGCCCGGAGCGAAAAAAAAAAAAAGAAGAAAAGAAAAGUCUUGUCUUGUCCUGCCGCGGCCCUUCAGCCGCCUUGCAGAGCAGAGCAGUCCCGGGACACCUCCCCACGCUGGACCGCCAACUAACCCGUUCACACAGGUCCCCGCUCUCCGUCCCCGCGAGUACGCCCAGAUCUCGCACCCCAAGAAGACUGUCCAGCGCGCAUACGGUGGCUCGAGAUGCGGUAACUGCGUCCGCGACCGCAUCGUCCGUGCCUUCCUCAUCGAGGAGCAGAAGAUCGUCAAGAAGGUGCUGAAGGAGCAGGAGGGCGCCAGCAAGAAGAAAUAA